AUGGCGAAAGCGAAAGAUUUUCGUCGAUGUUUGACAAGUUAAAGUUCCGUACUUUCUGCUCGGAUUUUUAGCGUCACGAAUGAAUCGAAGUAUCAGAAAUUCAAUAGUGAUAUUUACAUUAUUCACAUAUGCCUGCAUUUAGUGAAACCCUCUAACCGUAUUUUGAAAGUCUGAAUAAUGGGGCGAAAGAAAAAGGAACGUAAGGUGAGGAGUUCGGAAGACGAGUCUGAUAGUUCGAAGGAAGAAGCUUCGUCGGAUUCAAGCGAUGCCAAAGAACAAUCGCCGAAGCACCGCAAGAAGCAAACGGAGAAAGAAGACCGCGUAAAACCAAGGGAAAUGCGUCAGGAUAGAAACAUAGAAAGAUCAAGAUGGGAAAGCCCGGACGGAAGGAAGCGGAAACACAGUCCCCAAUCCCAGAGCCAACAACGGUAUCAAACGUCGCGCGACGACAGAAGAAAGGGUCACAGAGAGCGCCAGGAUGGCGGAGAAGCCAGAACUAAGUGGGAGAAAAAGGAGAGAGAUAGAGACAUAGAUAGAGACUUGGAAAAACGAAGGAAGGAGGAUAACCGCAGUCAGAAUGAUUCAGACAAUCAGCGAAGACGGGAGCGAGAUGCUCCAGAAAGGUCGAACAGAAAUUACAACAGCGAAAAUCGUCCCGUCGAUAGGUUUGACGGCAGGAGGCAAAGCGAUAAGAAGUCUCCUCGGCGAGACGAGAGGAACAGGGGAUUCGAAGAACGAGAACGAGGUAGAAAUAAUAGCGGUAGAGGUGGGAGGCGAGGAGGUAGAGGAAACAGAUUUGGGGACAGCGAUGGACCGAGAAGUAGUUUUGACGGUUCCAGAGUGAAGAACGAGCCGUCACCCGAAUGGGGAAAAGCGGACGUGAAAAAGGAGAACGAUGGGAAGCCAAUUGAGAAAGAGAAGCCAAAUUUCGAGCCCUCUGGAAAGUUGACGGAAGAUGCAAACACUGUGAACGGUGUGGUGAUAAAGUACACGGAACCAAUGGAGGCGCGGAAGCCGAAGCGCCGUUGGCGGCUCUAUCCCUUCAAGGGUGAAAAGGCGUUGCCCACUCUCUACGUUCAUAGGCAAUCGGCUUACUUGAUGGGCAGGGAUCGAAAAGUUGCAGACAUUCCUCUGGACCAUCCGUCUUGCUCGAAACAGCAUGCUGCUCUGCAGUUUAGGCUCGUCUCAUUCCAGAGGGAAGAUGGCGGCGAAGGAAAGAGAGUCAGGCCAUAUUUGAUCGACCUAGAAUCUGCCAACGGCACUUAUGUCAAUGACGUCAAACUCGAACCUAAAAGAUAUCACGAGCUCUUGGAGAGGGAUGUUCUGCGCUUUGGUUUCAGCUCUCGGGAAUACGUUCUUCUACACGAACAGAGCAAGGAUGAUGCUCUGGAUGAUGAUGUCCCAUUUACAGCUGCUGUUACGAAAUGAGCUUGACGGGUUUAUUGAGCCAAUACGAUGCUCGAAGAGAUGAAAUAUCAAUGUAAAACGAUGAUAUUGCAGUUUUACGGAAUUCAGGUGUAAGUAUUGUUGAAUUUCAUGAGUAGUUUGUUGGCAAUCAGAGCUGGAAGAGUGUUUUGAAGUUUUAGAAGGAUUAAAUGUAAAUGAAUAGAUCUUGAUGAAAUAUUUUAUAGAUAUUUUAAGAUCAAGGUAUCGAGAAAUUUGGAUUGUUAUUUCUUCAGAA